CCCAACAAGCUGCCGUCGCUCAUGCGGCGUAGCUCCAGCUCACUCAUGUAGCUGAGCAUCACCGUCAGUCCCCCACAGGAGAAUGACCACCUUUCCAAUGCCAGGAUCUCCUGCUGCCUCUUGGGCUGUCUAUCGUGCACGCCUCAAGGCUGCCUUUGCAGGUGCAGACCACCGCGUCUAUAUCGCCUUUUGGCUCUUUGGCCUCCUCAACAAUCUCCUCUACGUCGUCGUGCUCUCCGCUGCCCUCGACCUCGUAGGCCCAGCUGUCCCCAAGGGAGUCGUCCUCCUCGCCGAUGUCGUCCCCUCCUUCGUCACUAAACUAUGCGCCCCAUACUUCAUACACCUCAUCCCCUACCGUGUUCGCAUCUUCAUCUUCGUCGCCCUGUCAACAUGUGGCAUGCUCGUCAUUGCCCUGACCCCGCCCCUGCACGACCCUCGCACCAUUGCCAUCAAGAUGUUCGGCGUCAUACUCGCCAGCCUUAGCAGCGGAGCCGGAGAGCUCAGUUUUCUGGGACUAACACAUUACUAUGGCCAUUUUGCUUUAGCCGCGUGGGGGAGCGGCACGGGCGGUGCUGGUCUCAUUGGUGCUGGCGCCUAUGCAAUUGCAACCACGACGUUACAGAUCAGUGUGCGAACAAGCUUGCUAUUCUUCUCUCUUCUCCCUUUCAUUAUGAUCAUCAGCUUCUUCCUCAUCCUGCCCUUGGGACCCCUUCGCACCUCGUACGCAAAACUCGCUCAAUACGAAACCAUCGACGAGCCAGAAAGUCAGCAUUAUCACCCAUCGCACUCACAAAGCUCGCCCCAACUCCCCUUGGACGAACCAGAGCACGAAGACCUCCUCUCCUCCAUCCGCUCCACCCCGGACUUCACGUCCCUCCCCUCGCGCCAAUCCUCCGCCUGGAAAACCUUCAAAGCCAACCUCCGCCGUUCUCGUGGCCUCUUCUUCCCCUUCAUGUUCCCCCUCCUCCUCGUCUACAUUGCCGAAUACACAAUCAACCAAGGCGUCGCACCUACCUUACUCUUUCCGCUCGAGUCGAGCCCCUUUGACGAGUACAGGUCGUUUUAUUCGACGUACAAUGCCAUCUAUCAAGUCGGCGUCUUCCUAUCAAGGUCGUCGACACCCUUCUUCAGAGUGCAUCACUUGUAUCUGCCGUCUCUGCUGCAGGUGGGGAACUUAAUCCUGCUCACCAUGCAUGCCAUGUUCGACUUCAUCCCCCACUUUUACAUCGUCUGCAUCGUCAUCUUCUGGGAGGGCCUCCUCGGUGGGCUAGUCUAUGUGUGAGUACCCAGACCCAUAUUUAUACCGCUCCACCUUUCCGGAUCCGUAUCUGUGGAUGUUGACUGAGUUGCAGCUCUACCUUUGCCGAGAUCCAAGACACGGUCCCCGAGCAGGACCGCGAAUUCAGUCUCGCUGCC